GAGCUGCUGAUAGUUUUUUGACAUAGUAGCGUCCAGCUUCUUGAUUACCUAUUAUGUGAUUAUACCGUGCGGUUCAAAUAUUACAAAGAACCGAUUUACAAUGGCCUGUUACCUCAAAAUGAAGCGAUUUUCCGGAAAUCGUUAUAGAACGAAAUAGUCUUAAGAUCGUCCAAGGAAUCCCCACUUUGAAGUAAUGCUUAAUGUCUUAGAAUAAGGCUGUCUCGUUCUGACUUUAUUGUCGAAAGGUUUGAAAAAAUCAAAGAGAUACAAACUAUAAUAUUCGAAAGCGUCCGAUAAGCAAACAGGAACUGAAUUUACACAAACUUCGACAACGCCAUCUCCUUUGUCCCUCCACUAUUACCAAAUCUUGGUGGGCCUUUGAUGUGUAUUCAAGCAGUAUUAUAUCACACAGGUUGUCUUGAAUCAAGUUAAACAGCAGCCGAAGUGAGCAUCAAUGGGACCUACGUACACAUGGAGCAUGCAAUGAUACAGACUGAAGUGUUAGAAGUGAGUAUGUCCUAUCUUAGUUCAAGGGUGUAACUGCACAAAGGUGUCAAG